CGCUUAAGCAAAUCAUGGCGGAAUUGAAGGUCUAGGCAACUGAGGUGGAGCCUCAGUAAAAAAAAAAAACAACAACAGAUUUUUGUCAUUAUUUGUGUGCCUUUGGAUUAAUAUGUUAUAAUCUAUUGGCUUUUCUACCAAGACUGUCAAUAAUACGACGUUGUACCUGCCUCAUCACUGCAUGUUGAUGAUUCAGCAGGAGAAACCGCAGCUGGCUGGCACCAUGCCUGUUGUGUGGCCCACCCUCCUUGACCUAGGCAGGGAUGAGUGUAAGAGAAUACUUCGAAAACUUGAGCUGGAGGCGUAUGCAGGUGUUAUCAGUGCUUUACGAGCCCAAGGAGACCUCACCAAGGAUAAGAAAGAUCUUCUCGGAGAACUUACCAAAGUCCUCAGCAUUUCAACUGAGCGUCAUCGUGCAGAGGUCCGAAGGGCAGUGAAUGAUGAGCGCCUUAUUACCAUUGCCUAUCACAUGUCUGGUCCCAAUAGCUCCUCCGAGUGGUCCAUUGAGGGGCGGCGGCUAGUCCCGCUAAUGCCUAGACUGGUCCCUCAGACUGCAUUCACGGUGACCGCCAAUGCAGUGGCCAGCGCCACAGCCAAUCAGAAUGCCACGCUUCUGCUGCCCGCUGAAACAGGAAAUAAAGAAGUGGUUGUUUGCUACUCCUACACAAGCACCACAUCCACCCCCACCAGUGCCACAGCGUCCAGUGGCAGUGCAGCAGCCGCGGUUAAGUCCCCCCGUCCGGCCAGUCCCGCUUCCAACGUGGUGGUGCUGCCCAGUGGGAGCACGGUCUACGUGAAGAGUGUGAGCUGCUCGGAUGAAGAUGAGAAGCCACGCAAGCGAAGGAGGACCAACUCCUCAAGCUCCUCCCCUGUGGUGCUGAAGGAGGUGGCCAAGGUGGCCCCACCCAUGUCCAAGACCAUCACUGUACCAGUGAGCGGUAGCCCCAAAAUGAGCAACAUUAUGCAGAGCAUCGCCAACUCCCUGCCUCCACACAUGUCCCCAGUCAAGAUCACCUUCACAAAGCCUAGUACUCAGACCACCAACACCACCACCCAGAAGGUGAUCAUUGUGACGACUUCUCCAAGCUCUAACUUCGUGCCCAACAUCCUGUCCAAGUCCCACUCCCACAAUUAUGCGGCUGCCAUGUCCAAGCUGGUGUCCACUUCCAUGCUGACCUCGGCCAGCCAGAAGCAGACCGUGUUCAUCCCGGCCAGCUCCAGUCCCUCCUCGACCCCGAACACAGUCGCCGUGACCACCAUGGUCACCUCCAGCCCAUCUGUGGUCAUGUCGACCAUAGCACAGGGUGGCUCGUCGGCAGGCGUGAAAGUGGCCUCCACCAGGCUCCCCUCUCCUAAGACCAUGGUAGGCUCCCCCACCCAGAUUCUGGCCCAGUUCCCCAAGCAGCACCAGCAGUCCCUCAAGCAGCUGCAGCAGGGCUCGCCCAUGGGUUCCGUGGCCAUAGGCCAGGCCCAAACCUCCACGACACCCCCCGGCUCCAAGCCCACUAUCCAAAUUAAGCAGGAGUCAGGUGUUAAAAUCAUCACCCAACAGAUGCAGCCCAGCAAGAUCCUGCCUAAACCCUCUUCAGCAGGCAUGCCCAGCAGCAGCUCCUCCCCCAUCAUGGUUGUCAGUAGCAACGGGGCCAUCAUGACAACAAAGCUGGUGUCCCAGCCCACAGGUACCCAGGCCACCUACUCAAGGCCCACCGUCAGCCCCACUAUUGGAGCCAGGAUGGCGACGUCAGCCAGUGGAGCCACGUAUGUGAAGACCACCAGUGGAAGCAUCAUCACCGUGGUCCCCAAGUCUCUGGCCACACUGGGUGGCAAGAUCAUCAGCAGCAACAUUGUGUCUGGUACAACAACAAAGAUCACCACCAUUCCAAUGACAUCCAAGCCCAAUGUUAUUGUAGUACAGAAGACCACUGGCAAAGCCACGACCAUCCAGGGCCUGCCUGGCAAGAAUGUGGUCACCACGCUGUUGAACGCAGGGGGUGAGAAGACCUUGCAGGCUGUGCCAGGGUCCAAGCCAGCCAUCAUUACAUCCACAAGGCCCAUCACCAAGAUGAUUGUGACCCAGCCCAAAGGCAUGGGCUCCGGGGUGCAGCCAACCACCACCAAGAUCAUCCCCACCAAGAUAGUGUACGGCCAGCAGGGCAAGACCCAGGUGCUGAUCAAGCCCAAGCCAAUCUUCCAGACGGCGGUGGUGAGUGAGCAGACCAGGCAGCUGGUGAGUGAGACCCUGCAGCAGGUGUCCAGGGUGGCUGACGUGGGCCCAGCUUCCACACAGGAGGGGACACUCAGGGACGAAUCAGGCGGCAUCACUGAGGGCCCCUCCCCGCCAGGCGAAGGCUCCAUCGGCAGCAGUCUCGACUCCCAGCCUGUAGUGCACGUCAUCUCCUCCAGGGGACAGGAGUGGACAGAGCAGCAUGAGGUGUCGGUGGAGUCUGGACCAACCAUAAUCUACCAGGACGUCUCUAAAGGGGAUGUGUCCCAGUCGGCCACCUCAACCAUCAAGGCACUGCUGGAGCUGCAGCAGACCUCAGUGAAAGGCGAAGCCAAGCCGCGGCAGCACACCAUAGACCUGAGCCAGAUGGCUGUGCCCCUUCAGAUGGCGCAGGACAAGAAGGCCCCCAGCCCCCCGGGGGUGUCCACGGUAGACACUGAACCACCCACUGAACACGCCCCUGCUGGUAAAGUUAACAGGGCCGGCCUUUCCUCUGGAGGCGCAGGGGAUCUGGGGGCGUCCUCACAGGGCCUCAGUCACACGCCCAUGCUGGCUAAGUCUGUUCCCACCUCCUCUGCUGUAACCGUCACACACAUCGUCCAACUGUCUUCAGAGGGCCAGCUGCUCCACAGCAGGCAGGCAGAGGAGACUGUGAUGGAGGAUGGCGAACUGGAAGGGGACACGCUAGACCCUCAGACGGGCCUGUUCUACCGUUCCAUCCAGCCCGCGGCAGUGCAGCCGCCCGCCCCCCAGCUCCACGUACCCCCGCAACCCCAAACCCUGUCACAGUCCGAGGCCCAGUUGGAGCAGAGCAGACACACGCCGCACUCCACCCAGCCGCCCCAUCUACACAGCAAACUCCAGUCCAGCCAGCCCGCCUCCUCCGCCACCCUGCCGAAGAAGCCGCCCCAACUCCGGGAGCAGCCCCAGGCCAAGCCCCCGACACCGGGGCAGAGCCCGAAGGAGAAGCCGUCCUCUGCAUCGGCGUCCCCCCCGCAGGCUGGCCUGGGCCUGCCUACCAAGCCCCCCUUCCUCACCCCCCAGCUACCCAAGCUGCAGCAGGCGCCCACCUCCCACCACAGGCCCAUCCACACACAGCUGUCCCAGCCGCCACCCCUGCAGGCCCACCACCCGGUGGGCGUCGACAAGACCCCUCCCACGAGCCAGCCACCAAUAAUCACCCAGGGUUCCAGUGUCACCAAGAUAACCUUUGGCAGUAGCAGCAGCCACCAGUCCCCGCCUGUGUCCAGCAGCGGCGAGGCCACUGCUAAGCUUGUCCCUGCAGAGCCCAGCAGCUCAGGCCCUUCCAGCAGUGAGAAGCCAUCUGUCUCAGACAUCCUCAAGAUCUCUAUGAUGGAGGCAGAGAUCGACCCCAGCUCGGAGCCCAUGGUAGUGGACUCAUCCAGUGAUUGCAGCCCCUAUGGGAAGGGGGUAGGGGCAGCGGGAGGCUCAGGGGUCCCAGGCCCGGUCAUCAGCAGCUCUGGGGUUUCGCUGCACCACUCGUCCCACUCCAAGCCCCAGCACGGCCAGUUCAUCAAAGAGGACCUUGAUGUCAUUGAGGUGAUCCCUCAGUACUCCAUUAUGCCAGACUCAAGCCAGUCCAAUGUGGUGGUGGAGCCCAGCGGUUUCCUGGAAAUCACCAAUUACACCAGCCAGCGACUGGAUGAGGAGAGCGUCAUGGAGCAGGAGGUGGACAGCAGCAACGACGAAGCCACCUCCGUCAGCCCCAUGGAGGAGGGCUGUGCCGACCAGUCACACUGACCACCACUAUUUCCCCCAUUGACGUCUUGUCUGUGGUGUCACAGACAGAGAUAUUGUGAUUAUAAUCAUCAUCGUGACUCCUGGUUACCCAAAUGCCUUCACAGCAGGCGGACACAUGACUGACAAAUGCCUGUGAAGUUUUAUUUUAUUUUAUUGAACUUCAUCAGUAUACCUGGAUGAUAGCAGAUACAUCAAUAUGGAAGACUGUUAAGGCCUGGAAAAAAGGAAUAUGUGGAGUAGAAAGACAAAUAGGAAAAUAGUCCAAGGGAAUUAAAAAAAGACCAAAAUGAACCCUAGCCAAGAUUUGUGAUUGUCUUGUGUCCAGGCUGAAGUUGACAAGAAAUUUCAUCCGGGAAAAAAGGACAAUGUUUCGUUAACUUUAAAAUCAACAUUUUGUAUUAACUGAAUUGUCAUUUUAGUAAAGGAAUGCUGUGUUCUGGAGCUUAAAAUGUUGCUGGGCCUGUUCAGGCCAUUUCUAUAUUCUUUAACACUUUUAUACCAAGGUAAUAUUGGAAACUGAACUAGGAGCCAAAUGUACUAAACAGAACAAAAUAAGUUGUAAUUAUGUAUUUAUGCGGCUUUGUCGUGCUAGCAUAGCAGUAUUUAGCUAAAUCGAUUGUUGAACAUCACAUUUACAGUCUCCUUUUUUGGUAUAGUUGAAUAGAUAAAAUUGUACAAAAGAGUACAUUGACUUUCUGGCUUGAUUAAAUCUGUCUUACAGCAUUUUGUUGAGACAGGUUAGGAUACAUCUUUGUUUAUAGUGGGCAUGUGCAGUGAUACAAGAUUGUCACAGACAAUAAUGGUUGUCCUUACUCAAAACAAUUCUUGUAGUAAUAAGCCUUGAGGAAUUAGCACUUUGAAGUUGAAACAGUUGGUAAGGACAAUGUAAACUUUCCCCCGUGUUCCUUCAGUGGUGUUUUUUGUCUUGUGUAAUGUUUAAAAUUGUAACUGUAUAAACUUUUAUAUAAAACUUUU